AUGCUAUGCACUGGAAUAUUAACGACAUUAUCACAGAGUAAUGGGGGAUACAAAUAUGAUUAUGCAACUGUGCCUUUUCUUGCUGAGGUCUUUAAGCUUAUAGUAUCAUGUGUGUUACUGUGGAGAGAGCGCCAGAGGAUGCCUCCUCCGAAAAUUACAACAGACUGGAAAUGUGUCAGACUAUAUCCAAUCCCCUCGAUAAUAUACCUUAUUCACAACAAUGUUCAGUUUGCUACAUUGACAUAUGUUGAUACCUCCACUUAUCAGAUUAUGGGCAAUUUGAAGAUUGUCACGACUGGAAUACUUUUCAGGCUGUUUUUGAAGAGGAAGCUUUCUAAUUUGCAGUGGAUGGCAAUUAUUCUGUUGGCUAUUGGGACGACCACAAGCCAGGUGAAGGGCUGUGGAGAAGCUUCCUGUGAAUCGAUCUUCUCUUCACCUAUUCAAGGAUACAUGCUGGGUUUAUUAUCUGCUUGUCUCUCAGCAUUGGCUGGUGUUUACACCGAAUUCUUGAUGAAAAAGAAUAAUGACAGCUUAUACUGGCAAAAUAUUCAACUGUAUACAUUUGGUGCAAUAUUCAAUUUGGCAAAACUCAUCUUGGAUGAUUUUAGAAAUGGGUUCGAGAAAGGACCAUGGUGGCAACGGUUAUUCAAUGGAUACAGCAUUGCAACUUGGAUGGUAGUUUUAAACCUUGGGUCCACUGGUCUUUUAGUGUCAUGGUUAAUGAAGUAUGCUGACAAUAUUGUUAAGGUUUAUUCCACGUCCAUGGCAAUGCUAUUGACUAUGGUACUGUCUGUAUUCCUUUUCAACUUCAAACCAACUCUACAGCUAUUUCUGGGAAUCUUCAUCUGCAUGAUGUCAUUACACAUGUACUUUGCCCCACCAAACAUGCUUUUGGAUUUGCCUUCGACAACAAAGGCAGACCCUGAAAGUCUAGUUGAAGUUUCUGUCGACCGAAAAACGGUUUCAUAGAGAGACUUUUAUAAGAAAAUCAAUUCUUUCGAGGGUAAUCUGUCUUAUCGAGAUCAACAAGCCAGGAAUUACUUUCGAGGAACUUGUAAGAUGUAUUAUCACGGCAUGUUAGGUUUAGGACAUCUAAGGCAGAAGUAACUUACAAUGACUUUUAAACAAACAUUUGAUAAAAUUGAUGGAAUUCAAAAAGUCUUGGUAUAUCAUAGUCUUGUUCUUUUAUAGAAUUAAUCCGUUUAAAUUAUCCUGUACAUGUUGAGGCAGCCGUCUAAUUCUGGUGAUAUAGUUACAUCUGAAAGAUUUGACAGUAUUUCUUGUAAAAACUGUUCAUUGAGUGUCUCUAUGCCUAUAAUACAAAUGUUCGUGAUACGUUUUCGCUGAUGGAAGGAUUGUUUAAUUUUGCGUUUUAUUUUAUGCUUGAAGUCACCAACUUUAUUGUCUGCUUAUAUUAGUGAAAUGAAAGCAGGUAAAAUCCCUUGCCAGUUGCUGCAUUAUUGAUGGCUCCAUGUAAAGAAAGUAUGUGUGUGUGUGGUUGAAUUGUAUAAUGCUUUUGCCAGACACUAAAGGGCACUCAUCAAAUCAUUUACACCUCUCAUCAGCUGGCCAUAAGUUAUGAGCAGAUACAACUACAUGUGAGAUUUUUGUGGUCUACAAUGCAAUAGGUAUACAAAUAUUUAUUUCCUAUACUUUACUGUUAGGUGGUAUAUUGAUGCAGAUACAAUUUGGA